AUCCCAAAUUUCUCAUUUACCUUCAGCUUCUUCUAACUUUGCGACAAUGGCUUCUUUUGCAAACCUUCCUCCAAAUUUUGUGCUUUCUCCUGAUCGCUCACAUGCUGUUUUAGCAAUUCCUAUUGAAAAGUCUAAUAAUGAUAAUAGAGAUUAUCGAUUAAUUCGUUUAAAUAAUGAAUUGGAAGCUUUACUGGUUCAUGAUCCAACUACCGAUAAAAGCAGUGCUUCAAUGGAUGUUCACGUAGGAAAUCUAUCGGAUCCGGGUACUGAAAAGUAUCCAAAAGAAAAUGAAUACAAUAGUUUUCUAUCAAAACAUGGUGGUCAUUCUAAUGCCUAUACAGGAUUAGAUAAUACAAAUUAUUAUUUUGAAGUUGGUUAUGAGUUUUUGGAGGGUGCACUUGAUAGAUUCUCGCAGUUCUUCAUUUCGCCACUUUUCGAUCCAAGCUGCACUGAUAGGGAGAUUCUCGCUGUUGAUUCGGAACACAAAAAAAAUCGUCGAUCUGAUUCAUGGCGUUUGUUCCAACUGGAAAGAUCUUUGUCUAAUCCAAACCAUCCUUAUUCUCGUUUUGGUUCCGGAAACUUGUACUCUUUAAAAGAUGUUCCGCAUCAAAAAGGUUUGGAUAUAAGGAAUGAAUUGUUAAAAUUUCAUGAAAGGUAUUAUUCUGCCAAUUUGAUGAAAUUGGUCGUUUUGGGUAGAGAUCCUUUGGAUUUGAUGGCUUCGUGGGUUGUCGAUAAAUUUUCUGAUGUUAAAAAUAAAGGUAUUCCAAGACAAGUCUCUGUGAAGCCGGUUAAAGAUAUACGUUCUUUAGAAAUAACAUUCCCUUUCGUAGAACAGGCGCCUUUAUAUAUCUCAAAACCAGGGAGGUAUUUAACGCAUUUAAUUGCACAUGAAGGGUAUGGUUCUAUUUUAUCUCUUCUCAAAAAGAAAGGCUGGGCAAAUUAUCUAGAAGCUGGGUCCGUUCCUGGAGCUGUUGGAUUUGAAUUUUUUAAAGUGUCAGUAGACCUAACAGAAUCUGGACUAGAUCACUAUAAGGAAGUAGUAAAAAUCGUAUUUCAAUAUAUUAAAAUGUUGAAGCAAAUUGAUAUUCAAGAGUGGUGCUUUCGAGAAGUUCAAUCUCUAGCAGAAAUUUCAUUUCGUUUCAAAGAAAAAUCAGCUCCAGCAAGCUAUGCUUCGAAUCUUUCAAAUCUUAUGCAAAGACCAUAUUCACGCGACUGUAUUAUAAGUGGGUCGCAUCUUAUUCGAGAAUAUGAUCCUCAUCUUAUAGCUGAAGGAUUAAAAUAUUUAGAAUGUGAUAAUUUUGUUCUCACUUUGGUUAGCCCGUCAUUUACUGGUUUAGAUCGAAAAGAAAUGUGGUAUGGAACAGAAUAUAAAGUUGAACCUUUUGACAAGGAAUUUAUUAAGGAAUUACAAAAUCAAGUAAUUGACCCCGAGUUAAGAAUUCCGCCUCCUAAUGAAUUUAUUCCUACAAAUUUUGAAACGAAUAAACAUGAAGUUGUUACGCCACAAACGUGUCCAAGCAUUAUUAAAAGCACCUUACUUUCUCGAUUGUGGCAUAAAAAAGAUGAUACAUUUUGGGUACCAAAAGUUAACGUACGUUUCUUACUUAAGAGUCCUUUAACAUACGCACCGUCACCAUCACACUGCAUAAAAGCAAGGCUCUACACUGAAUUGGUAAAAGAUAACUUGACUGAAUAUUCUUAUAACGCUGAACUUGCUGGCUUAAGAUACGACAUUGAAACACAACGUGAAGGAAUACUUUUGUCAAUAAGGGGAUAUAAUGAUAAGAUUCACGUGCUUUUAAAAGAUAUUGUGCAUGCAAUGAGGUCAAAAUUUACUAUUUAUCCAGGCAGAUUUGAAAAAGUUAAAGAACGACUCCAAAGAGCGUACAAAAAUACUUUUCUUGAUCCUCCUCAUAAUCAUGCAACUUAUUAUCUUUCAUGUUUAACGCAAGACCAAAUGUGGACGAAUAAAGAAAAAUUGGAUGCAUUAGAAGAUAUAACUGAACAUGAUAUAAAUUCAUUUUAUCCAGAAUUAUUUAGUCAUUUAAAUAUUGAAUCAUUAGUUCAUGGAAAUAUGUUUAAGGAUGAAGCUUUAAAACUAUUACAAAUAGUUGAAGAUGGUUUAAAAUCUAAACCUCUUUUACCAGCAGAGUUAAUCGGUUGUAGGAAUGUAAUAUUACCAGAGGGAAAAAAAUAUUUAUAUCAACAUGAAGUUUUAGAUCCAAAUAACGUUAAUUCUGCAAUAGAAUAUUAUGUUCAACUAGGAAAUGUAGUGAAUAAAAGGUUAAGAGCAAAAUCAAGUUUAUUGGCACAAAUUAUGCAUGAACCAUGUUUCAAUCAACUUCGAACUAAAGAACAAUUAGGUAAUAAUAAUGGAAUACGUAGAAUGGCUAGCUCAUUGGGUGUAAGGGUUAUCAUACAAAGUGAAAAGGAUACUGUUUAUCUUGAAAAUAAAAUUGAAGAUUUUCUAAACAUAUUACAAAUUUUGAUUGAAGAAAUGCCGGAAGAAGAAUAUCAAAAGCAAGUUCAAUCUCUUAUCACAAAAAAAUUAGAAAAACCAAAGAACCUUUAUCAAGAAGCUCAGCGAUAUUGGAAUCAUAUUGAUUCUGGAUAUUAUGACUUUGAUCAAGUCGAGACUGACGUCGCAGAAUUACGUACAAUCACAAAAUCAGAACUACUUGACUUUUAUAAACUAUUAGUUCAUCCAUCUUCAUCAAUACAAAAAAAAUUAUCGGUUCAUCUUCAAUCACAAAAACACCUCAAAAAAUCAAGACCAAUAAAUGUUAAUCAUCUUUAUUCAUGUUUAUCCACUAAAGGUUUAACCACAGUAACAAUUGAGAAUUUACAAACGUUCUUAUCCUCAAAAGAAAUAGUAGAUGGUCAAGAAUUAGAAACACUAUUAAAACAAUUUUUAAUUGAUCAAAGCAAGGCUCAAGAAAGAGAAAUUGAAGAGUUAAUUAAAAGUGUUGGAGAAACUUAUUUAACCGAAAGUUCUACUGUAGAUAAUGAAGAAAAAGUCGAAUAUGGUGAUGCUAUAGAUGUGAAAUUACGAGAUCUGAGACCAGGGAAUGAAAAAAUUGAAGAUAUUUAUAUUUGGAAAAGUAAUAUGCAAUUGGGUCCUGCUCCAACACCGGUUAUAACAUUAAAUGACUUAAUGAGUAAGUUAUAA